UAUUAUCUGUGGCGCGUGCAAACAUUUCAGUUCAGCUUCAGACUCCGCGAGACACGCACGUCUUUAACGUUAGAUCAAAUCUAAAACUUUAUCGAUAUCGAACACGAUACCGAACUUUGACUGAAUUUUUGUUGGAAGUGGAUUUGAUUUUGAAUUGUUAUUGGUGAAUAAGAUGAAGGUUCUUGUUGAUGACAAAGUGUCGUGUGUGGGGGAGGAACCGCGGGUGGAGGAGGAAACGCAGAAAUUGACCAAGGAAGAAUUAAACAGAGGCUGUCCCCUUGGCGUGUCCCGCGUCACAUCAUCCGUAUUCGUGUGCGGUGCGCACGCACUGCCCGGCGCGGUAGCGGCGCUGCGGCCCGGGCUCGUGGUGAGCGCGGCGCCGGAGCUCCCGCCCUUCGAGGGCGCGCCGCUGCACUGCGUGCCGCUGCUCGACACCCCGCAUUCUGACAUGCACCCGUAUAUGGAGAGGGUUGCUGAUCUAAUUAAUGAGGUCGUAUCUCGAGGAGAAAUCGUAUUGGUGCACUGCGUUGCUGGCGUAUCAAGAUCUGUGACGCUGUGUCUAGCUUACCUGAUCAAGUGGGAGAAGAUGACACUGCGGGACGCCUACCACCAUAUGAAACUUAGACGACCGCAAAUUCGGCCGAACACCGGAUUCUUCAAACAGCUGAUUAAGUAUGAAGAGAGGUUGUUCGGUGUGCCCUCGGUCAAGAUGGUGUACUGCGAGGCCAUCGACAAGGAGAUUCCGGACGUGUACGAACCGGACUACAGAGGCAUGAUGUGGUUCCGGAAGAGAUAUGGUCCGAUCGAGAAGUGCUAGUGACUGGACAGGCAUGACUGCGUAUUUAGCAAGAUAAUAGUGGUUUUCUGCAUCAAAAACUUAAUUUUAGUGAUAUCUUUCUUCUCAAUUUCUUCAAGAUUGCUUCAAAAUUAUUCUUUUAUAGCUCUGAAUCAUUUCAGUAGUCUUACUCUGGCAGAUUAGUAACUAGUAUCUUGUUAAAGUGACUGUGUAGAUCUGAAUCUCUGAAAGGGAUCGUAUGAAGUGAUACAAGACUGAAAGAAUGAAUGCUUUUGGAUGUGCUAGGAGAGGUUUGAAAGACUGGAGGAGUAAUUUCUAUAAUUUUUGUCGAUAUAAUGUUAAGUAACUAGGUAAUUAAGGUAAAAUAUAUCGUAUAACAAGGAUCUGUAAUUUGGAAUAUACUUAUAAUAUUAAUCAUUUUGUACUUUAGCGUCACUUGUUAUGAUUACUUUAUUUAUUUUAAGUCAGUUGAGGUAAAACAAAAACAUUGUUUUUUUUUGGUGUGCGCAAUUUAGUCAACAUAUUAAAAACAAUUUUCGAGUGGUGGUCACAAUGGUCAUUAAUCGCCAUUUUAGAUUCACAGUAAUCAUAAUCGACAUUGGAUUGUAGUUGUCAUAAUCAUAAUUGACAGUAAUCGUAAAAGAGUACAAUUACAAGGAACAUAAUUUUUGCGUCUAAUAUACGUUUAAAUCUUAAUUGUUUUUAGGCUUAUAAGAUCCGAUUAAUGAGUAAACUAAUAUUUACAAUUAAUAUGCGUAUAACUUGAGCUUUUGUAGUAGGAAGGUAGCAUCCAAAGCAAUGUGAUAUGUAAUUGUUAUGUUAUCUUAGUCAAGUAAGUUAUUUAUUUGUUUUUAAUUUAUUGGGACCAAAAUAAAUAAGUCGUGAAUUUUCA